AUUUGAUCUGAGGAAGUAGGCAGAGUGGAGCUUUCAGAAUGUCGCCAAUGGAAGCGGUGCGUGUGUGCAUUCGUCUGGAGGGCCACGAUGAGCAAGUCCUGGCUGGCCCUGUGCCUGUAGAGAUAGAUCCUUUGUGGACUGUCAACGAGACCAAACGAAGACUCAUGGCGGUGCUGCCCAUGUCGGCUUCACAGCAUCCUGACCCAAAGUAAGCACAAGCCGAAGGCCGUGGGUGGAAUGCUCUGCAGCUAGUGUGCGCCGUGUGGCUCCUGGUCCUCUGCUUUGUCGCAGGAUGUAUCAAAUCUACCGCCGAGAUGCUCACGAUGAGGCACUCGUCCACGGCCCGAUAAAGGACAUGAGGAGCUUCAGAUAUGCUUCAUCAGACGAUACGGUCAUUUUGAGACGCAAAACCGCCGGCACCCAUGCAAGCAGGCAGUGCUGCGUUCGUGGUUCCCUGUCCCUCUCAUUCGCAUUGCUGUGUUGGGGAUGCAGGGCACUCCCACUCCCACUACCGUCACGGUUGCCGAAGAUGAGCCUUCAGUGGAAGAUAACCAAGCCAAUGAAGAUGAGGACCAGCCCUCAGACGCCGUCAACGCCACGGCCUUAUACGAUGCAGCCACACGCCACGAGAAUAUACUCUACAAGCUCAAGCCCUGCGACCAUUUCGAGCAGGUACGUACGGCAAGGCAACACGCCAAGAACGAAGCCAUCAAUUCCUCGUGUGCGCAUUCAUUCGGUGCACUUGCAGGGGUAUUGCCCAGGGGGUGACACGUGUACCUUCGCCCACGGACCCGCGGAGCAGCGGUGCUACCGCUGGCUCGUCAAGGUGAACGGACAUCUGACGCACGCAACAACUGGGGCAUUCCAUUCUGUUGGUACGGCUGAACUCCCGCCAUUGUUGGCUGUUGUUUUGACGUUUCAGGGCACGUGUGUGGAGGGCGGGAGGUGCUCGCUGAUACACGCCCGCCCUCCCAUGUUCAUGCCGCUCAUCGGCCCCCGCCUGCGGCCAUGCAGCUUCAUCUACCCAGACGGUAGGCACAAGAGAAGCGUAGCGAAGGAAUGCUGGUUGGGUGGCACGGUGCAGACUGGCUUGGUGUGUUUGCCUUGCAGGCUCGGGAUGUAAAUACGGCGUCACGUGUUGGUUCACGCACUCGAGGGACGAGGAGAGACUGGCUGAGCGGUAAGCAAUGCAUCACACAGCCCGUCUGCACUCGUCCAUGCGCCUCUCUCCAUGUGUGCGUGUGGAUGUCAACUGUCAAACAAACAGUGCACUAGGGUCCAACAGUGCGGCCCCACCGGACGGACAGGAAAGGUUAGGUCGGGAAUGACGGGCGAGGGUGCCUGAAUCACGAGCCGUGUGCCUCGGUGUCGGUGCGUGUUGUGCAGGCUGGCGACAUUUGCCCCUCCGACCUUCGGCGAUGACGACGUGGCCCCUCCUCCUCCCCUAUCUCCGAUGUUCGAGUAUGAGGAGUCGGAUGCGAUCAAUGAUGGCACUGCUGCUCUCGUCCUGCCUCCCCGGCCCAGCUACCCCGCACCUACUCGUGACAGCAACGGAGUUAGCGGAACGGCGUCGGGACCUGAGGGGUGAGCGAGACGGAGGGAAGGGAAGGGGAGAGGAGAGAGUGAGUGAGUGAUGUGUAUGAAAUGCAUUCGUUGCAGAGAUGUGGUGGAUGAGGCCUCGAGAGUGAGCAAGCUCGAGAGGGAGGUGGCCGCACUGUCGGCGGAGCUGGCGAGGGAGCGACAGGCAAAGGAAGACGAAAAGGACAAACGGUGAGAUAAGAUAAGUGGCUGGCUGUCGAAGACAGACAGCACAGUCUCAGCUUGAUUGACACAUGAAUUAUGCGCUGAUCGAUGGAUGCCUUGCUCGCUCUUCUCUGUCUGUCUGUCUGUCUGUCUGUCAGGAUGUGCAAGAUUUGCCACGAGCGGCUGCUGUCGGUGCUCCUUCUGCCUUGCAAGCAUCUCGUUAUGUGCACACGUAGGCGAGGCGCAAUCAAUGUGAUUGAUGUGCACACAAACAAGAGCGUACACGCACGCCCACCCGAUGCUCUUCUUUUUGGGUCGUCUCUUCCUUCUCUCUGGGGAUAGGUUGCUGUGUGGAAGACUUCAAGGGCAC